AUGGCUCCUCCUGUCCAAACAUUCAAUCAGAACAUUGAGAAUCAAAGCGCAUUGCCAUACCAAAGCACACCAGUAGCUGUUGGAGGAAGCCAUGUUCUGUUACCUGCUGCUACAAAUCAUCCGGCAAGCUUAAACUCGAGCAAUCCUGAGAAUGAAAUUGCUCAAAACACUGUGAGUAGGGAAGAGCUCAAUCAUAUUGGCAACAUCUCAGCAUCUCUAGUACAGUUUUUAAAAAAUGGGCAGCCGAUUCUGCACCUUCCUUUUACUCUGAAUCCGAAACAGGAAAUGCAGGUGCCUGCGGUAGUAUAUGGAGAAAAGGAACAAUCUUUACAUGCUCAAAGUGACCUCCUCAGUAAUGAUUCCAUCAAUCCCGGAGGAGUUCCAGUGAUUACUGCAUUACCAAUAAACAAUAUGGAUUCACAUCAAGUGUGGCCUGACAAUGUGGUACCAUUAGCUGGAAAUCCCAAGGCUUCUUCUGUGGAUAACCGAGACAAAAAGACAGACGAAGAAGCUACCAAAGAGCCAGACGGGAGAAAGAUUGGAGAAAAAGAAGACAUUGAGGAUGCUGAGAACGUAGCAGAGGAAGAAGAUGAUGGCGGCAAUGAAAACAACGAGAAAGAAAAAGAUCCAAAGGGAAUGCGAGCGUUUAAAUUCGCUCUUGUGGAGAUUGUCAAUGAGCUUUUGAAACCUGCUUGGAAAGAAGGUGGGAUGAACAAAGAUGCUUACAAAAACAUUGUCAAGAAGGUAGUUGACAAAGUUACCGGCGCAAUUCAAACCGGAAACAUCCCUCAAACACAAGAGAAGAUCGAUCAUUAUCUAUCAGCUUCAAAACCAAAGCUUACCAAGCUUGUUCAGUUCUGUUUAUUCAUAUACACACACACACACACUUCUCAAGCUUAA